GCCUCCGGAAUAACAACAGGGGAUGAACGCGCACCAUAUCCACGGCCGAGUCCCAGUCGAGUAUCGGCAGGCGCACUUCGAAAGCGGAACGGUGAUGUCAUGGCCACGUGGUUUCUCUCGGUUUUGGCACAUGACCCUAUGGAAUGCACACUUCAACUCCCACGACUUUAGGUGUCUUCCUAGGAGGUAUUGCUCGAAUAUAACUAGCGAAAGUUCCACGCUGGUCUCUGUGUUCCUGUGAUGAUGUGAUGUGAGCCGCGCGUUGUUCCAGCUGGAACAGGAAAUGUUCCGUGCGUGAGUUACCCGACGCAAACUUCAUGGAAUAAACGACGAAAGUGUGAGUGGAAGAGGAAAUGAAUUUUCUCACCAGCAUGGGAAAAGAACAGUGCCAAAAGGAGCUAUCACAAAGUAGAAAAUGUCGCCGCACGAAAGGAUAUUGGGAUCUUCGAUCUUCGGUGUUUGAAGAGAGUGACGACAAACUGUGGAGAGAUCAAGCUGUAGUAAUGUCAAUAAGAUAGGAACAGCCUGGGUAGUAGCUCGAUCACUGCCGCUCAAAUGCCGUCCUCGUGUGGGUUGCCAAAGUUACAUCGCUGUGUUCGGGCACUUUGACGAACUUUUAGGAAACCGUCUCUAUGCUGCCUCGCGCUAAAUCUUCACAGAAAAUGGUCGUGAUCUCUUGCUCACGAAACUAAAUUAAUCGUGUAAUAUAGUAGGCACUUCAAACUAUCUCGUUAUACAGGAUGUAGAUAUGUGCUCUUUUGAGAAUAAUAACACCGUCGACUCAUUAGAUUAACCAUAACUUUUACUUUUUUUUCUUAGGAAGUGAUAGCUCGGAUGUACGUAGACAAUCGACAAGUUUUCCAAAUGAGAGGAACACACGAAGGAAUGAGGAGAAUUCCAGAACUCGUUCGUUUUCCGCUUUUCCAACGUGGGGGAGCGAACGUCACUUUUGAAAAUGAUGCGAUCGAGUCAUGAUAUCAUUGAUUUCAAAUCGUCACGAACGAACCAUACACUGCACCGUGAAAGCUAGCGCUCGUCGUCUUGAAUUCAUUCAUCGAACGUCGACCAACCAUAAACAUGACACUAAAUUAGAGUAAAGCAAUCCAUCCAUUGUUUUCCGUAAAAUUUCGACAUCCCUCCACAUCUAUCGGCGUGUCCUAGCUCAUCGUCCAUAUUUAUUGCGUAUUCACGUACUAAGAUCUACCAUAGACAUAAAAAAUAAAAAAAUCGCAUAGAGUCUACAGAGCAUUGCCUCUCUGUCCAUGGCUCCUACUAGAGGUGGCUGCUGCCGUGCCUUGCAUCUGCGUGAGGAAAAUGCCCGUUUUGCUCUUCUCGGAGUGGUCAUGAUACUCUAUAUGGUCGUGGGCGCUACCCUGUUUCAUCUGUUAGAAGCUGGCACGGAACAAGAGGCACGUGAUCAGUACGCCAGGGCGCUGAGCACAUUCUGGGAGAAGUACAACGGCACCGUUGACCCCAGGGACUUGGAGGUUCUCUUGCAAGAGCACGGCAACGCGUCAGCUCACAACCUUCUGCCAGGCAAACGUCUGCGGUGGGACUUUUCGGGAUCCUUUUACUUCGUGGGAACCGUCGUAUCGACAAUAGGUUUCGGCAUGACGACUCCCAUGACUUCAGCAGGUCGAGCUCUAGUGGUGGCCUACGGGUUCUUCGGCUGCUCUGGGGCGAUCCUCUUCUUCAACCUUUUCCUCGAGCGCAUCAUCACAUUCCUCGCCUAUGUGUUACGUGCCUGCCACGAGAGGGAGCUGAGACGUAGGGGCCUCCUGGACCGUCGAGAGUCUCAGCUCUCCUUUGACGACCGCCUGGAUGACUGGAAGCCAUCCGUGUACUGGGUGAUGUUAUACCUGUGUUUGGCCACUGUAGUGAUCGCUGUUUCUGCAUCCGCCUUGUACUCGGUCACAGAACAGUGGUCCUACUUCGAGUCCCUCUACUUCUGCUUCAUUGCUUUCUCCACCAUUGGUUUCGGAGAUUUCGUGCCGAACCAAAGAGCCCACUAUCCGCACAUGGAUACGAGCUCCACUGCCUACUCAACGCCACCAGCGGAUCCGUCGAACUGUAGCACGACAGCCAUGGAAAACAUCCUUCGAGUAAAUGACACCGAGGAAGAAAAUGCAUCCACUUUCAGGAAGGAAUUUCAGAUGAACUGGUACCGUGUGACCAACUUUGUGAUCCUGGUUGUCGGCUGCUGCUGCAUUUACAGUCUAUUCAACGUCACUUCCAUCGUCAUCAAGCAGGUGCUCAACUGGCUAAUCAAAAAGCUUGACUGCUCCUGCAAGCUGAGGCGAUACAAGACGCCUCAUUUAGACAAGCCCAGCAGGUUCCGUCGAAACGCCCUCACCCCAGCUCACCUGCGCGAUCAAGCCCGUGCAGCGGCUGCCGCGUGCGGAAAAAGGCCUACGUCCACUUCUGCUGGUGCCGGCAGCGACGCAGACUCCACCUACGACUCGGACGACGAACGGGGACAUUCCGGAGAACUCAUCUGCAUGUCCGACCUGCUUCGGGCAAACAAAGUGUCCCUCGCAGUGAUGCAAAAGCAACUGUACGAAACUGCACAGCGAGGGGGACACGGUCCCAUUUUGUUACCGUCCAGGGUGCACGAGAACCAGGACUCCUUCAAGCCAGGAACUGUUGGUCCGCUUGCCAUUGUGUCGCAAAAGUUCGGCAAUGAACAGUCGUGAGGUUUCCGUGCUUCAGACAUUAGCUGCAGGGACUUACGUGGUUGAGUGCCGAGAUGCAGAGACCUGUAUAUGUCAUAAGGGAUGCACAUAUUUUCAGAUGGAGUCUUAAGUAUGUAUAUGUACGAAGAGGUCGACUGUGGUUGGAUCUCGAAGUGACCACAGUAUAGCGACGGAGCAAGGAAAAAAUCACGAAAAAAUCAAAAAGCACGAAAAAAAAAAAAAUACGCGGAGCAAUGUGUGUGUGUAAGAUAUUCCUGCACUCUAAGAAGAACAGGAGCAGUUAUUAGAGUCUUUAUUGCCCCAGAUUGAAAUUACUCCCAAUCUUAGUCCCCUGACCACGAAAUUAAGUCCCCAGCACCGCAAAUAAUCCCCUGAACUCCGCAUAAACCUCGUGCAUUUAGUCCCAAAAUGGACUAAUCGUUCUGGCGGCGCAUUUACCCCCC